CCGAGUCGAGAGGCCCGAGCAGCGUCGGAGACCGCCAGUCGCCGCCGGCCGAGAGCGUGCAGGUGCGUGCGUGCGUGCGCCAAGGUGCAGGCAACGAUUGUGGACUGCGUGCGGGGAUGCGUGGCGGCUGACAUGCGGAUGGAUCCGGACGUCGGCGCGCAGGGAGGUGAAAGGGUGGUCUGGGAGUACCACAGCGUUUCACUGAACCGCGUGCCUGGCUAUGGCUUUGGUAUCGCGGUCAGCGGUGGUCGCGACAACCCGCACUUCACCACCGGUGACCCCAGCAUCGCUAUCUCAGACGUGCUCAAAGCCGGACCGGCCGAGGGAAAAUUGCACGUCAACGACCGCGUGCUCAGCGCCAACGGGGUCUCCCUGGAGAGCGUCGACUACGCCACGGCCGUGCAGGUGCUGAAGGACUCGGGCCAGCUGGUGCAGCUAUACAUCAAGCGGCGCGUGGUGCUGCCAGCCAUCGGCGAGCCGCAAACCAUCCGCCUGACACUCACCAAGACCCGACGCAAGGACGACUUCGGCGUGGUGCUCGGCUGCCAGCUGUACGUGAAGGAGAUCACUGGCCGGCCAGCCAUCGCUGAGCGGGACGUCACACUGCAGGAGGGCGACGUGGUGCUGCGGCUCAACCACCUGCCGGCCGACGGCAUGCCACUGAAGGAGGCGCGCCGCAUCCUGGAGGCGGCCAAGGAGCGGCUGAGCCUGACUGUGCGCCGCCAGCCCAGCGCCGCCGCCCUGCAGGGCAAGGAGAGUCCAUCGCACCACCAGACGCGCUCGCCGUCGGACGGCCGUCCCAGCUACGGCGCUAGCCAGAACCUGUACGUGCAGCCGCCGACUCGGUCCGACCGCGACCACCGCGCUGCUGGUCACCCGGACAGCAAGAACAACCUGGUCAGGCAGAACGGCCGGUCCCGUGGCCCUCUGAUGGACAUCUCGCUGAGUCAGCUGGACCAGCCGGCCACGCCGCUGCUACACGGCCAGCGGGAGCCGACGCCGCCGCGGCCGCCGCCACCGCGAGACGCCGUGGACGCACCCUUGCCGAACGGUGUGAGCGGCUCUCACCACCCGCAGAACUCCGAUUUUUACGAGUCGAGAAGGCAAGCCAGCUACGAUCAACAUUCACCCCAAUCCAAAGGACCAGCGCCGGAUCCGCGGUUCGUCAGUUUCCAGAAGGAGGGCUCUGUUGGUAUCCGAUUGACAGGCGGCAACAAGACGGGCAUCUACGUGACGGCAGUGCAGGCCAGCUCGCCGGCUGCCGUCCAAGGCCUCCAGCCGGGCGAUAAGAUCAUCAAGGUGAAUGGGAUGGAGAUGAAGGGAGUGACGCGGGAGGAGGCGGUGCUGUUCCUGCUCAGUCUUCAGGACCAGAUCGACCUCAUCGUGCAGUACAAGAAAAACGACUACGACCAACUCGUAGCUUCACAACAGGGUGACUCGUUCUAUAUUAGAACACAUUUCAACUACGAACAGGCAAACAAGAGUGAGCUGAGUUUUCGGAAAGGCGAUAUCUUUCACGUAGUAGACACGCUGAACAUGGGCGUGGUAGGAGCGUGGCAAGUGUAUAGAAUAGGGCGCAACAACGAGGCGACGCAGAAGGGCGUGAUCCCUAAUAAGUCGCGCGCCGAGGAGCUGGCCACCGCCCAGUUCAACGCCGCCAAAAAGGAGCAGACGUUCAGCGAGGCACGCAGCCGUCUCUUCAGCCGGCGACGGCGCCAGCGGCGCUCCAAGUCGCUCGGCAAGGACCACUGGGAGGACCUGGUGUUCGCCGACUCGGUCUCCAAGUUCCCGGCCUACGAGCGGGUGGUGCUGCGCGCCGCCGGCUUUGUGCGCCCAGUGGUGCUGUUCGGAGCGCUGGCCGAUGUGGCGCGCGAGCAGCUGCUCAGCGACCUGCCCGACCGACUGGCAUCGCCACAGCUGGUGCCGGGCGCCGAGUCCAAGUCAAACGGGUCGGGCAUCAUCCGGCUGAGCGCCAUCCGCGAGCUGGUGGAGCGCGGCCGACACGCCCUGCUCGACGUCACGCCCAACGCCGUCGACCGGCUCAACUACGCCCAGCUGUACCCCAUCUGCGUGUUCCUGCGUGCCGAGAGCAAACACGCGAUCAAGGAGGCGCGCGGCACCCGCGCGGCCGAUCAGUCUCACCACAAGUCCAGCAAGAAGAUAUACGAGCAGUGCAUGAAGCUGGAGAAGCUGUGGUCGCACUUAUUCACGGUCACCGUGACCAUCGCCGACGCCGACAGCUGGUAUCGCAAGGUCAAAGAGCUGAUUGACAAACAGCAGAACGCACCCAUCUGGAUGUCGGAGACAAAACCGAUCGAGAUGUGCUCGGACAUCUUCCUGCUGCCCACCUCUGAGGACCCGUUCCUGCAGCCCCACUUCCAGCCCGGGCCGUCCCCGCCUCCCGCACCACUGGGGCGGCCGCCUGCACCCGAGCUGCCACCCCCGGUGCCCCCUCCGCCGCUGCCACCUCAGCCGCUCUCGUACUACGACACGCUGGCCGAGGAGCUGGAUUCGACCCUGCGUCCGCUGCCCGUGUACCGCGCCCGCCCGCUGCCGCCGCCCCUGUCGCCGCCGCCGCUGCACGACAUGGCGCCGCCUCUGCAUGACCGCACGUUCGACUCGGAGUCCGUGUACAUCUACCUUCCCGGCGAGUCGUUUUCGGACGACUUCCUGUUCCCGAUGACGGCGCGGCUGUCGUACGCCUCGUCGCCCGAGUCGGACCCGGAGGGGGCUGAGGCAUCGCCGGGCCGGGCGCCGCUUGUCUCGCCGGCCGCCUCCGACCCGCACCUGCUGCGGAGCGCGUCCGACCCGAGCCUGGGCGCCGAGGAGCUGCCGCCGCCGCUCGCCGCGCUGCCCGGCCCGCCGCCCUACUCCCCGCACCAGGAGGACGCGCCGCGGCCGGUGGGCCAACGUCACUCGCACGGCGGCGACAGUCGGUACGGCUUCUCGUCAGCGCGGUACGCGGCCGAGGAGGCGCACCAGUCGCCGCUGCACCACUCACCGCCGGCGGCGCUGCAGGACCGGCAUCACCGCUCCUCGCUGCAGGACCACCCGCCGCCACACCGGACGGCGAUCCAGGAACGGCCGCCGCACCACCGCACGUCGCUCCAGGACCACCCGCAGCCGCACCGAACCUCGCUGCCCGAGGCGCCACCCAAGGUGGACCGUAGCAGCAAGCCCGUCUCGGCCGUGGUGGGCACGCGCAGCUACGGCCGCGCAUCUGGUGGCCAGAUGAGGAACUACCUGGACCGCGAUGACGUUAACUACAUGAACGCCGGCAAAAAUUACACGCUGGACAGGCUAAAGUCGAGCCAUUACGACAGCACGUCGUCGUACGAGUCUUACAACCGCCUGAACAACAUGCACGACGACCUGAAGGCGCGCUCGAUGCCGCUGGAGCCGCGCGAGACGGGCUCGCCGCCCGGCUACGGGCCGCGGCCGCACGACCCGUACCGGUUCACUCGCAGCACAGCCCAGCCGCUGCGCUCGCCGGACCGGGAGCCGGGGCCGCGCGGCCUCAGCGGACGGAACGACUACAAGCUGAUGCCGCCGCCGAAAAGCGGCCCCACCUACAAGCCGAUCCCGCCGCCCAAGCCGAAGGGCGGCCGCGGCGCGCCGCCGCCGACCGGCGAGGCGCACCGGCGGCCGGCUGGCGCGCCCGACUCUCCGCUGCGCAAGACGCCCGACUCGCGCGGCAGCCGCGAGGACUUCGCCGGCUACCUCACCAACGGCGACGACGGCGGCGGCUUCGACUCCGGCCAUGGCUCCAGCCUUGACCGCAACUGCGACCUGGCCGGUCGCACCUACAUGAACAUGAACGUGAAGCCGGCCGGCGCGCCCGGGUACUACCUGAACGCGCCGCCGCCGGGGUCGGCACGUGAGCCGCCGCAGCCCGGCGGCCUGGAUCUGAGCACGCGCGACCAGCGCGGCAGCGCGUUUGAACUGUACCGUAAGCCGGCCGACUCGAGGUACCCCGCCUUCCCGGACGGUGCGAGGUAAAGGCCUCAGACGCGGCCGGCCCGAGGUAUCCCGCCUUCCCGGACGGCGCGAGAUAAAGGCCUCAGACGCGGCCGGCCCGAGGUAUCCCGCCUUCCCGGACGGCGCGAGGUAGUGGCCUCAGACGAGGCCGGCCCGAAGUAUCCCGCCUUCCCGGACGGCGCGAGGUAAAGGCCUCAGACGCGGCCGGCCCGAAGUAUCCCGCUUUCCCGGACGGCGCGAGGUAGUGGCCUCAGACGCGGCCGGCCCGAAGUAUCCCGCCUUCCCGGACGGCGCGAGGUAAAGGCCUCAGACGCGGCCGGCCCGAAGUAUCCCGCCUUCCC